AUGACCUUGUUUAAGCAAAUUUAUAAACGAAAUUUAUAUGCUACAGGUUCAAAAAUUGAUUAUAAAAUACCAGUACGCGUUAGGUUUGCGCCCAGUCCAACAGGAUAUUUACAUCUUGGAGGAUUAAGAACUGCAUUAUUUAACUAUUUAUUAGCACGUAAAACUGGUGGAAAAUUUCUUUUAAGAAUAGAAGAUACGGAUAGGACGCGAUUUGUGGCUGAUUCUGUUGAUAACUUACUUUCGGUUUUAUCAUGGGCGGGUUUAUCAUUUGAUGAACUUGAUGAAGGUUCAGGAAAUAAUGAAUCUCCUCGCCUAUUUUAUCAGUCGGAACGAACAAAGAUUUACAAGUCUCACGUAGACAAAUUGAUUAAUGAUGGAAACGCUUAUAGAUGUUUUUGUACUUUAGAAAGGUUAAAAGAAAUACGGAUUAAAGCUCAAAGAUCUGGGAAAGGCGUUGUUUAUGACAGGCAUUGUUUGCAUUUAAGCCAAAAAGAAAUUGAACAAAAAUUAGCACAAGGAAUCCCUUUCACAAUUCGUCUAAAGACUCCCAACGGCGUUGUAAUCAUUAAUGAUCUGGUCCAUGGAAACGUGGAAUUUAAUGAUAAACAUAUUGAUGAUGCUAUUUUAUUAAAAAGCGAUGGAUACCCAACGUAUCAUUUAGCUAACGUGAUAGAUGAUCAUUCGAUGGGAAUAACCCACGUCUUACGUGGGGAGGAAUGGUUAUCUUCUACACCAAAACAUAUAAUACUUUAUAAAUUAUUCGGAUGGGAAUUACCAAAUUUUGUUCAUUUACCACUAUUAUUAAAUACGGAUAAAUCAAAAUUAUCAAAAAGAUCAGGAGAUAUUAACGUUGAAGAUUUUGCUAAUAAAGGUUAUUUGCCUGAGGCACUUAUAAAUUUUGUUGCAUUAUUAGGAUGGAGUCCUGUUAAUUCAAAGAAUGACGUAUUCACGAUGGAAGAAUUAAUAUCUGAGUUUACUUUAGAACACCUUGGACAUUCUGGGACUAUUGUAAUGCGUGAAAAGCUUGAUUGGUUAAAUAAACAACAUAUAUUACGUAAAACUGAAUCUGAAGGUGGAUUAAAAGAUCUUGUAAAUUUAUUAAAACCUUCUGUCAAUGAAAGAUUUGCGGAAAAAUUGAAAUCAACAAAGGAUAAAUAUAGGUUGGAAGAUGAAUAUCUUACAAAUGUUAUAACGGUAAUGAAAGAUCGGAUUCGAAAUAUUAAAGACAUACCAGAAUUAUGUGAAUAUUUUUUUAUUGAACCAAAUUAUCAUUUAAAAGAUUCACGGUUAUUAAGAAAAAAAAUCCCCGAUGAUGUUUUAAAAACCAUUUCAAACCUAAGUUUAACCAAAUUAAAUGAAUUUAAAGAUGAUGAAUUAGAAUUUCAGGUUGAUAAAAUUAAGCCAAUGAUACAAAGUAUUGCAACUCAAACUGGUUAUAAACAAAACCUAAUCAUGAUGACUUUAAGAUAUAUCAUAACCGGAAUUAAGGUUGGUGCUGGUGUGGCAGAAACCAUGAAAACAAUAGGAAAAGAAGCUUGCUUAAAACGUAUUAAUAAAGUAUUAGCAUCACUUAAUAAUUAA